CCCCGUCCGAUCGCUUUCUUCACACUUUCCGAAGCCAUCUGUUGCCGAACCACAAUGGCGUCAACCGGUGACUCGACUCCUGCUACUAAUGUGGAUGUGGACCAAUUUACUCAGUCGAUCAAAAGUAUUGACCGCACGUCCUUUGCGUACGAUGGCGACCGUGUCAAAGCGUUGAGAGAGGCGUACUCUCUGAUCAGUCGCCUAGAGACUUCGUGGGAUACCGUGGCGCGUCUUUGCCUUACACAGCCUGCCCUGACCGCGGCCCUGAAAGUGAGCCAGGACCUUCAGCUCUUCGAAAAAUGGCUCCAACUAGGAGAACAGGCGGAGCAAACGACCGCCCAGCUGGCUGAACUGACCGGCUCAGACCCCGUCCUUCUCGGUCGCAUCCUCCGCAAUCUGGCAUCCACCAACGUUAUCAUCGAGGUCUCCGCCGACCACUACAAGCAAUCCGCAUUCAGCAGAUCCCUCCUCGAGCCCGUCUUCGGAGCCUGGAUCCCAUUCCUACACGACACAGUGAACCCCUGCUUUGCCAAAAUGCCCGAAUACCUCGCCAAGACCCAAUACCAGAACCCCACCGACCCCAAUAACGGCAUCUUCCAGUACACCAAGAACUUCCAGGGCUCGCUUUUUGACUACUACGCCCAGCACCCGGCCGAGGGCGCCGUCUUCAACAACGUGAUGGGCAGCGUCAUGGCCAAGCAGGCGGGCAUGCUGGACAUCAUUCCCUACGACCGGCUGGCGGACGACCAGCCCGAUGAGUCUGGAGCCCCGCUCCUGGUCGACGUGGGCGGCAACGUCGGCCACGACAUGAACAAGUUCCUGGGCAAGAAGCCCGGCCUCGCGGGGCGGUUGGUGCUGCAGGAUCGCCCAGAGGUCGUGCACCAGGCGAUCUGUCCCGCGGAGGUGCGCGUCAUGGCGCAUGAUUUCUUCACGCCGCAGCCGGUGAAGGGCGCGCGGGCCUACUACCUGCACGGGGUCCUGCACGACUGGUCGGAUGCGCUGGCCCGGCAGAUCCUGGAGCACCUGCGCGAUGCGAUGACCCCCGGGUACAGCACCCUGUUGAUCCACGACCAUGUGAUUCCGGCGGUCGGGGCGCAUCCGCAGGCCACGGGCUACGAUCACACCAUGAUGGUGCUUGUGUCGGCGUUCGAGCGCACUGAGGGCAUGUGGCAGGACCUGUUGGCAUCGGUGGGACUGCGCGUGGUGAAGAUCUGGAGUUCGCCGCUGGCGACGCAGAGUGUUAUUGAGGCGAAGUUGAGUACGGAUAGUUAGGGGUUCUGUAUCUGCGGGUUGACAGCUUGAAGCAACUGUAUGCUAGGCAAUUGCCAUGAUACUAAACAGUCAAGUUCGGUGAUAAUCAAUUCGCGAGACUUGGACAGUCUAUGAGCCCAGUUCAUAAUGUGAUGUAAGAGCCUAGGAGUUGAUUUUGCUUGAUUGAACACCAUGGCCCAGGACGAGAAUCAAAUUCCAGAAAUGUUAGAUCUUCUAGGUGGAGAAUACACUGCUUACGCCUGGACUAUGACAGACAC